GCGGAGAGGGCGGUCCCGCGGGACAGGAAGCCGGGCGCGCUGCCGGCUGUGUGCGAGCGUGGAAAACCCGCCCGGAGCGGGCUGGAGGUCGGGCAGCGGCACCUGCUCGGGGUCCGGUGACUGGCAGCGCUCGCAGGAGGGGCGCUUCAGAUUCGGGAUUUUAUUUCCAUUCAAGAAAUAGGAGGAUGGGAUGGUGAUCGCCUGUAGCAUUGUUUUUCAGUAGUGGGGUUAACCGCUUAACGGCAUGUUUCUAGCCAUUUCCAGGAAAUGCAGGCCUUCGGAAAUGCAAGACUUCAUCAGGUUUAGCAGCGACUUGGGAAGCCAUAUGCUGUCAUGUCGCGUGUUUCCUCCUUUCUCCUUCUUCCCCCAGCUUAGAUGGUUGAGCAUGGUAUCAUAUGGUGUGGAAUAGGCCUUUGGUUGGCUUGGUUCAGAAGUCCCAGCUGUGUUCCAUGCAAACUUCUUGUGCCACCCAGCUCCUGGGACAGGAGCCGCAGGAGAAACAGAGAUGGCCGUGACUCUGCAUAAGGCAGCAUCAAGUGCAAGGACAAAGAAAUUUGCAUGGACAUUUAGAUAUGUACAAAAUGUUGUGUGCUGGGAAAAAAUCUUACUUUGCUGCUGUUGUGUGCAUUAUGACUGUAACUUUAAUGCUUGUGGUUUCUUAUCUGAGAUUACAGAGACUUUCUCAUCAGCCAAAAGUAAUUCAAGAAAGUAGAAGAUGUAGAGGGAAAAUUGCCCUUAGCACAAUAACAGCAUUGGAAGGUAACAAAACUUUUAUUAUAUCCCCAUACUUUGAUGACAGAGAAAACAAAAUCACUCGUCUGAUUGGGAUUGUUCACCAUAAAGAUGUAAAACAACUGUUCUGCUGGUUCUGCUGUCAAGCCAAUGGAAAGAUAUAUGUAUCAAAAGCAGAAAUAGAUGUUCACUCGGAUAGAUUUGGAUUCCCUUAUGGUGCAGCAGAUAUAAUUUGUUUGGAACCUGAAAACUGUGAUCCAACACAUGUAUCAAUUCAUCAGUCUCCAUAUGGAAAUAUUGACCAGCUGCCGAGGUUUGAAAUUAAAAAUCGCAGGCCUGAGACCUUUUCUGUUGACUUCACCGUGUGCAUUUCUGCCAUGUUUGGAAACUACAACAAUGUCUUGCAGUUUGUACAGAGUAUGGAAAUGUAUAAGAUUCUUGGAGUACAGAAAGUGGUGAUCUAUAAGAACAACUGCAGCCAUCUGAUGGAGAAAGUCUUGAAAUUUUAUAUAGAAGAAGGAACUGUUGAGGUAAUUCCCUGGCCAAUAGACUCACACCUCAGGGUUUCUUCUAAAUGGCGCUUCAUGGAAGACGGGACACACAUUGGCUACUAUGGACAAAUCACAGCUCUAAAUGACUGUAUAUACCGCAACAUGGAAAGGACCAAGUUUGUGGUCCUUAAUGACGCUGAUGAAAUAAUUCUUCCCCUUAAACACCCAGACUGGAAAACAAUGAUGAACAGUCUUCAGGAGCAAAACCCAGGGACUAGUGUUUUCCUUUUUGAGAACCAUAUCUUCCCAGAAACUGUAUUUUCUCCCAUGUUCAACAUUUCAUCUUGGAAUACUGUGCCAGGUGUUAACAUAUUGCAGCAUGUGUACAGAGAGCCUGACAGGAAACAUGUAAUCAAUCCCAGGAAAAUGAUAGUUGAUCCACGAAAGGUGAUUCAGACUUCAGUCCAUUCUGUCCUACGUGCUUAUGGGAAGAGCGUGAAUGUUCCCAUGGAAGUUGCCCUCAUUUAUCACUGUCGGAAGGCCCUUCAAGGAAACCUUCCCAGAGAAUCUCUCAUCAGGGAUACAACACUGUGGAGAUAUAACUCAUCAUUAAUCAUGAAUGUUAACAAGGUUCUAUCUCAAACCAUGCUGCAAACUCAAAAUUGAAACCUUGGUUAUAAGGAGUGAAAGUGGAGGACUACCUGUAUUGUGGGAAGACAGAAGAUAUAAUUUAAAGAUCACAUUCCAUUGAUUUCCACAUGAAGUUUACAUUUUUCUGCACUUAUUUAGGGAAUCUAUAGCAAAGCCAUGAAUCAUUUAAUGAUACCAAGGGUCAAUGCAGAUUGCAGUAUCUUUUCUGGGAAAUGUACAAUUUGUUUUCAGGUAAUAAUAAAAAUCAGUAUUUUUCAAUUGAUUCAAAUAAUGCAAAACAGUUUUCAACCUAUGUACAAAAAGUACAAAUACAAUCAUUAGUAUUAAAGGUAGCAAUGCUUAAUUCUCGCAGUUUGUAUGUCACAGGGUACUAAAUUUGUAUACAUCGAUUUGAGUAAAAGGUAGACAAGUAAUUGAGUACAAUCUUCCUUUUAGUUGUAAAAAAAUUACCCUGUUAUGUUCUUGGAAAUAAUGUAUGUUAAAGAUGUGAUGGAUUGUAACACUAAGCACAGUAGAGUUUUGCUGAUAAAAAAUGUCUUGUUCAGCUGGGUUUUGGAAACAUGUAAGUUUGAGAAGCGUGAUUACACCUGUUCUGAAUUACUGAAGUGGUAAGUGCUGAGUUGUGUUGAAAAGCUUUAAUAGAGGCAAAGGAUAGAGAUUCAUCUUAAUGGAAGAUACUUUGGUGAACCAAAAAGAACUUAUUUCAAGGAGGAAAAAAUAGAUGGCCAAACAACUUUUAUGAAAUAUAAAUAUUUUAUAUUUUGUUAGGUUUGUUAUUUAAUAUUUUGUUAGUUUUUUUUUUUUUUUUCUGGCACCUUGAAGCCUCGUAAGAAAAUGUUUUAUGAAACUUAGACACAAGUUGGAUUUUAGUCCUUUAUGCGAUGGGUAAGUUGAAUUAUAUUGCUUCCUUGGUAGGUGUAAGGGUACAGAAGCUGCAUUUUUUCCAACCUCUAUAUGCAAAUAGUGGUAAGUAGUGACUUUUGCUGAAGGGCCAGAUGGAAACCAAAGGAAACAAAAAACCAUUUGUUCACCUCUGUUUCACAGUUCCAGUUCCACAAUUUCAGUUUCUGUUUGAUAAGCCCCCAGAACUACAUGCAUGGCAUAUGUCGUGGCAAUAUAUUAGAACCUUCCUACUGAAGGCACACCUGAAAGCAGUGAUAGCCUGACUGGUGUCUGGCAGACACAAGUGUGCGUGAGAGCAAGUGUGCUUUUUAAAAUUUCUACAUUAGUGUCAGACUUUCAUUCCUUUAUCUACUUGGUAGUGGCACAUACCUGUGCCCUUAAAGAGCUCUGUCAUUAGUUGAUUAGUAUCAUUACCAAUGUCCAAAGGGAAUUUUUCCUUCACUUCACAGUGACUGCAGCAUCUCCCAGUCUGUAUCAACAAACUGGCAGCUAUAUUAGGAUCUGAGAUGCCUGCUGCUGUUAGUCAUACACUCUUGUGUGGCAACAGGCCCAUUUAGAAUUUCAGUCUCAUCGUUUGGAAGGGGCAUCUGAAAGUCCAACUCCCUGCUUACAGCAUGGUGUGCUCAGGGCUUUGUCUAGGAAGGCUGGGCAAUCUGUUUGACUCUUAAACAUUCUAUGGAGAAUUUCUCUUGUCACAAGAACCAUUGACCAUUGUCUUGCUGCAAGAUGCUGAAAUGAGUCUGACGCUGUUUUCUUUAUAGCUUAUACCUGGAGACAGUAGCAGUGUCUCCCCAUCCCAUGCCCACCACCUUCCCUUUUGCCACCAUUCUUUCUGGAUGGCUCGGCUUGGGUCUGUUUCUCAGCCAUCUUGUGCUCCACCUCUCUAUGGACUCUGUAUAAUCAAGGUCACUAGUAAAAAUAGUUAACCGA